AUGCCUAAAGCUGUGUUCGAAAAGCUACACCUGCUGGAGCCAGAACCAACCACUAUGUGCCUGGAGUUGGCGAAUAACACCAUUCGCUAUCCUGAAGGCAUCGCUGAAGAUGUACCUGUGAAGAUUGGCAAUCACUUUGACCCUAUUGACUUCAUGAUACUCGAGAUGGGUGAAGGAGCAAAAUCCCCACUCAUGCUGGGAAGGCCGUUCCUGAAGACCGCAAGAGCAAACAUCGAUGUUGGAAAGCGCGAGAUCAAGUUUGAUAUUAAUGGCACACUGAGCGCAUUCAAGUUUUGUCAAUGCUUUGAGGUAUGCAAUAUGAUUUCUAGCAAGUAUAUACCACCACAUCACCAUGUCAAGCAGGAGGAGAAGAACAAGAAGGCAGAAGAGAAGAAGCCAGCGUAA